AUGCCUCUACCUUUUGGGUUAAAAUUGAAACGAACUCGACGUUACACGGUGUCCAGCAAGAGUUGCUUGGUGGCUCGUAUCCAGCUGCUCAACAAUGAAUUUGUGGAGUUCACGCUCUCGGUGGAAAGCACGGGCCAGGAAAGCCUGGAAGCAGUGGCUCAGAGGCUUGAACUGCGGGAGAUUACAUAUUUCAGUCUAUGGUAUUAUAAUAAGCAGAAUCAGCGCAGAUGGGUAGAUUUGGACAAGCCUCUGAAAAAGCAGCUGGAUAAAUAUGCCUUGGAGCCAACUGUGUAUUUUGGAGUAGUCUUCUAUGUGCCUACUGUUUCUCAGCUUCAGCAGGAGAUUACCAGGUAUCAGUAUUAUUUGCAAUUAAAGAAAGAUAUCUUGGAGGGCAACAUUCCAUGCACACUGGAACAGGCAAUACAUCUGGCUGGUUUAGCUGUUCAGGCUGAUUUUGGAGACUAUGAUCAGUAUGAAUCUCAGGAGUUUCUGCAAAGAUUUGCUUUGUUUCCAGUGGGCUGGCUACAAGAAGAAAAAAUACUGGAAGAAGCAACACAGAAGGUUGCUUUGCUACAUCAGAAGUACAGAGGCCUUACUCCUCCUGAUGCCGAAAUGUUAUAUAUGCAGGAAGUAGAAAGAAUGGAGGGCUAUGGUGAGGAGACCUAUCCUGCAAAGGACAGCCAAGGCAGUGACAUAUUCAUUGGAGCAUGUCUUGAUGGUAUCUUCGUAAAACACAAAAAUGGUCGUCCUCCUGUUGUCUUUAGGUGGCAUGAUAUUGCCAACAUGUCUCACAACAAAUCCUUUUUUGCAUUAGAGCUGGGAAACAAAGAAGAGACAAUCCAGUUCCAAACUGAAGAUAUGGAAACAGCAAAAUAUGUAUGGAGGAUGUGUGUGGCUAGACACAAAUUUUACAGACUAAAUAAAUGCAGCCUACAAACCCAGCCUGUUACAGUGAAUCCUGUUAGAAGGCGGUCUUCAUCUAGGAUGUCUAUGCCCAAGCCUCAGCCUUACAUGAUGCCUCCACCACCUCAGCUGCAUUACAAUGGUCAUUAUACUGAACCGUAUGCAUCGUCCCAAGAUAACCUCUUUGUAAGCAAUCAGAAUGGAUACUACUGUCACUCUCAAACUAGCUUGGAUAGAACCCCUCAUGACUACAGUGGUCGGAUCCGCAAUGGUAGUGUCUAUAGCGCACACAGCACAAACUCCUUGAACAAUCCACAGCAUUACUUGCAGCCAUCCCCCAUGUCCUCUAACCCAAGCAUUACUGGAAGCGAUGUCCUCAGACCGGAUUAUAUCCCAUCACACAGGCACAGUGCACUCAUACCACCUUCUUAUCGCCCCACGCCGGACUAUGAAACUGUGAUGAGACAACUCAACAGGGGAAUGGUGCACACAGAUAGGCAGAGUCAUUCAAUGAGAAAUCUUAACAUCAGCAAUUCCUAUGCUUACAGCAGGCCUGAUGCCUUAGUUUACAGUCAACCUGAAAUACGAGAACAUGCUCACUUCACUUCUCCACAAUCUAACCACUAUCCAUUUAACCUGAACUACAGUUUUCAUAGCCAGUCCCCCUAUCCUUACCCUGCUGAAAAGCGCCCAGUUGUUGGGGCAGUCAGUGUACCUGAGUUGACAAAUGUGCAGCUCCAGGCUCAGGACUAUCCAGCACCAAAUAUAAUGAAGACCCAAGUCUAUCGACCACCACCCCCAUACCCGUACCCAAGACCUGCAAAUAGUACUCCAGACCUUUCACGACAUAUCUACAUUAGCAGCAGCAACCCAGAUCUUAUCACAAGGCGAGUGCACCAUUCUGUCCAGACAUUUCAGGAAGACAGCCUACCUGUGGCACAUUCUCUUCAGGAAGUCAGUGAACCUCUAACAUCAGCACGCCAUGCUCAGCUGCAGAAAAGGAACAGCAUUGAAAUAGCAGGCUUAACUCCCAGCUUUGAAGGAAUAAGAAUUAAAGAGAGGACCAUGUCAGCUUCUGCAGCGGAUGUGACUCUUCCGAGAGUUAUUUCAGAAGGGUCACAGCCCAACAUUCUGAUGGAGAGAAAAAAGCAAAAAGAAAGCGAGCAAGAAGAAAGUGUGAACUGUGAUCAUAAGAAAACCCUUUCAGAUGCCACUAUGCUGAUUCACAGUAGUGAGGAGGAAGAAGAAUUUGAAGAAGAAAACAAGGCUAGUUCAAGUCUUUCUCCUCUCCCAGAAGAUCAAACCCAACUUUCAUCUGUUAUGGGUGGUUAUUCCCAUGAUUCAGUUCUGAACUACCCUUAUAGCUCUGUUCCUUCAUCUGCUGGCCCGUUGCAUAUUCUUGAGCCUAAAUUACAUAUUACAGAGACAGAAAAGAGAAUGAAAGAUAUGAGCCCUGUCCACUUACUAGUAGAAAGUCAGGUACAGAGAAGAGGAGAAGGACUGCUUACUCCAUCUAUGUCGGAAUCUGAUCUUACAACAUCAGGGAGAUACAGAGUAAGGAAAGAUUCAGUAAAGAAGAGACCUGUGUCUGAUCUUUUGUCUGGGAAGAAGAAUAUUGUGGAAGGCCUUCCCCCGCUAGGUGGCAUGAAAAAGAAUAAAAAUGAUGCAAAAAAAAUAGGGCCUCUAAAGCUAGCUGCCCUAAAUGGACUAACCUUGACUAGAAUGCCUCUGCCAGAUGAGGGGAAGGAAGAAUCAACAAGAGCAACAAAUGAUGAACGGUGUAAAGUUCUGGAACACCGGUUAGAGCAGGGGAUGGUGUUUACUGAGUAUGAGCGCAUUCAGAAAAAAAGACUCAUAGAUGGUGAGUGCUCAAUAGCUCGGCUUCCUGAAAAUGCUGAAAGAAACCGGUUCCAGGAUGUCCUUCCUUAUGAUGAUACCAGAGUAGAGCUAGUCCCAACCAAAGAAAAUAACACGGGUUACAUCAAUGCAUCUCAUAUCAAGAUCUCCGUUGGUGGCAUAGAGUGGGAUUACAUUGCUACGCAGGGCCCUUUGCAGAACACAUGUCAGGAUUUCUGGCAAAUGAUCUGGGAACAAGGGAUUGCCAUCAUAGCUAUGGUGACAGCAGAAGAAGAAAGUGGGCGAGAAAAAAGCUUCAGAUACUGGCCACGUCUUGGUUCAAGACACAAUACUGUAACUUAUGGAAGAUUUAAGAUAACCACACGAUUCCGUACUGACUCAGGCUGCUAUGCAACCACGGGUUUGAAGAUUAAACAUCUUCUCACAGGACAGGAGAGAACAGUUUGGCAUCUGCAGUAUACAGACUGGCCAGAGCAUGGCUGUCCAGAGGAUUUAAAGGGAUUUCUAUCAUACUUGGAAGAGAUACAGUCAGUGCGGCGCCAUACGAACAGCACUGCGGAUCCUAAAAACUCCAAUCCUCCUGUACUGGUCCAUUGCAGUGCAGGUGUGGGACGAACAGGAGUGGUCAUACUGUCAGAGAUCAUGAUUGCUUGCUUGGAACACAAUGAGAUGCUGGACAUCCCACACGUGCUGGACAUGUUGAGGCAGCAGAGAAUGAUGAUGGUGCAGACUCUCUCGCAGUACACUUUUGUCUAUGGAGUUCUCAUUCAGUUUCUCAAAAGUUCUAGACUUAUAUAAUCCAUGCCUCUUCCUAAGGGACACUGCAAUAGUUUACAGAAAGAAAAUGAUGGUUGUCCAAGCAGACCUGCUUUCACUGGUAUUUUCUUCAUAUGAGGAAUCAUGCAGUUACCUUUUAGGGCUGGUAUG